GGGAGGCCGCUGUCCCGCCUCCUGCGUCGAAGUCCCGGGUGGUGGAUGCGGGCACUGCAGUGGUCAGUGCGUGCGCCACGCUGUGAGCGCGCGGUGAGCCCAGUGGUUAGCGAUGCUGCUGCUCCUGCUGCUGCUGCUGGGGGCGCCGCGGCGCUUCGCCGAGGACGUGGCAGCUGCGAUCACCCCGGAGCAGCUCCUCGAGUGGCAAAAUAAAGGAAUAUUCAUUAUCCAAAGUGAGAGCCUCAAGAAAUGUAUUCAGGCAAGUAAAUCUGUACUGACCCUGGAGAACUGCCAACAACCAAACAAGUACAUGCUGUGGAAAUGGGUUUCAAACCACCACCUUUAUAACUUGGGAGGCAACGGUUGUCUGGGCCUGAAUUUAUCAAAUCCAGAGCAGCCAUUAAGCAUAUAUGAAUGUGAUUCUUCCCAUGUUUCCUUGCGGUGGCACUGUAAUAGAAAAAUGAUCUUGGGUCCACUCCAGUACAUGGUCCAGGUGAAGCAUGACAACAUGGUUGUGACUGCAUGGAAACAACUUCAUACAUGGAUUUCCUACAUGUCAGGUGGAAGAGACAUUUGUGAACAUCUUCACAAAGAUUUGUAUACAAUCAAAGGGAAUGCCCAUGGAACACCAUGUAUGUUUCCUUUCCAGUAUAAACACCAGUGGCAUCAUGAAUGCACCAGGGAAGGCCGGGAAGAUGACUUGCUGUGGUGUGCCACCACAAGCCGAUACGAAAGAGAUGAGAAGUGGGGAUUCUGCCCAGAUCCCACCUCUGCAAAGAUAAGUUGUGACGCUGUCUGGGAGAAGGACCUCAAUUCACACAUUUGCUACCAAUUCAACCUGCUUUCGUCUCUCUCCUGGAAUGAGGCACAUUCUUCAUGCCAGAUGCAAGGUGGCACCUUAUUAAGUAUUGCGGAUGAAAGUGAAGAAAAUUUUAUAAGGAAGCACCUGAGCAGUAAAGCAGUGGAAGUGUGGAUGGGUUUGAACCAGCUGGAUGGAGAUACUGGCUGGCAAUGGUCUGAUGGAACACCACUCAACUAUCUGAACUGGAACCCAGAGAUAAAUGUUGAGCCAUUUGUUGAAUAUCACUGUGGAACAUUUAAUUCAUUUGUGCCAACUGCCUGGAAGAGUAAGGAUUGUGAGUCCACUUUGCCUUAUAUAUGUAAAAAAUAUCUAAACCACACUGACCAUGAAAUAGUUGAAAAAGAUGCAUGGAAAUAUUAUACUACCCACUGUGAGCCUGGCUGGAAUCCCUACCAUCGUAAUUGCUACAAGCUUCAGAAGGAAGAAAAGACCUGGAAUGAGGCUUUGCAUUCUUGCCAGUCUGAUAACAGUACAUUAAUAGACAUAGCUUCAUUAGCAGAAGUGGAGUUCUUUGUAAACCUCCUUGGAGAUGAAAAUGCAUCAGAAACAUGGAUUGGUCUGAGCAGCAAUAAAAUCCCAGUUUCCUUUGAAUGGUCUAACAGCUCCUCAGUCAUCUUCACAAACUGGCACACACUUGAGCCCCAAAUUCUUCCAAAUAGAAGCCGGCUAUGUGUCUCAGCAGAGCAAUCUGAAGGGCACUGGGAAGUUAAAGAUUGUGAAGAAACACUCUAUUACAUUUGUAAAAAAGCAGGCCAAGUCCUUUCUGAUGCUUACUCAGGAUGCCAAGAGGGAUGGGAGAGACAUGGCAGCUUUUGUUACAAAAUUGACACAGUCCUUCGAACAUUUGACCAUGCUUCCAGUGGUUACUAUUGCCCUCCUACACUUAUAACCAUCGCAGACAGGUUUGAACAGGCUUUUAUUACCAAUUUGAUCAGUAGUGCAGUGCAAACGAAGGACAGCUAUUUUUGGAUAGCUCUUCAAGACCAAAAUGAUACGGGAGAAUACACCUGGAAGACGGCAGGGCAGAGACCUGAGCCAGUGCGCUAUACACAUUGGAAUACACACCAACCCCGUGACAGUGGUGGCUGUGUUGUCAUGAGAGGAAGGCGUCCACUUGGCCGCUGGGAAGUAAAGGACUGUAGACAUUUUAAAGCAAUGUCUCUGUGUAAGCAGUCAAUUGAAAAUCGAAAGAGAACAGAACAUGAAGAAAGAUGGCCCUUUCACCCCUGUCAUUUGGAUUGGGAGUCACAGCCUGGUCUGACCAGUUGCUUCAAGGUAUUUCAUAGUGAAAAAGUCCUGAUGAAAAGAACAUGGAGAGAAGCUGAAGCAUUUUGUGAAGAAUUUGGAGCUCAUCUUGCAAGUUUUGCCCAUAUUGAAGAAGAAAAUUUUGUGAAUGAGCUUUUACAUUCAAAAUUUAACUGGACAGAAGAAAGACAAUUCUGGAUUGGAUUUAAUAAAAGAAACCCACUGAAUGCCGGUUCUUGGGAGUGGUCUGAUAGAACUCCUGUUGUCUCUUCAUUUUUAGACAAUACUUAUUUUGGAGAAGAUGCAAGAAACUGUGCUGUGUAUAAGGCAAACAAAACAUUGCUGCCCUUACAUUGUGGUUCCAAACGAGAAUGGAUUUGCAAAAUUCCAAGAGAUGUGAGGCCUAGCAUUCCAUCCUGGUACAUGUACGAUGCUCCCUGGCUCUUUUAUCAGAAUGCAGAGUACCUUUUCCAUACCCACACUGCAGAAUGGCCUGCGUUUAAGUUUGUCUGUGGCUGGCUGCGUGGUGAUCUUCUCUCAAUUCAUUCUGCACAGGAGCAAGAAUUCAUCUACAGCAAAAUAAAAGUGCUAUCAAAGUAUGGUACAAAUUGGUGGAAUGGACUUCAAGAAGAGCAAGCCAAUGAUGAAAUUCAUUGGACAGAUGGAUCACCAGUAACAUACCAGAACUGGGACCAAGGAAGAGACAGAUCCAUGAACAAUCAGAGCCAGAGGUGUGGCUUCAUUUCUUCCACAACAGGACUCUGGGGAAGUGAAGAGUGUUCAGUUUCUAUGCCUGCUAUUUGUAAACGAAAAACUGCUUGGGUCAUAGAAAAAAAGAAAAAUACACCAAAACAACAUGGAACAUGUCCCAAAGGAUGGCUAUAUUUUAACUAUAAGUGUACAUUGCAGUCUGAACCCCAAAGACCAAGCAAGCUGAAGAACUGGACAGGUGCUCAAGAUUUCUGCAUUGAAGGGGGGACACUGGUCACCAUUGAAAAUGAGGUGGAGCAAGCUUUUAUUACUAUGAAUCUUUUUGGCCAAACCACUAAUGUGUGGAUAGGGUUACAAAAUAAUAAUUAUGAAAAAUGGCUAAAUGGAAAACCUGUGCUGUAUUCUAACUGGUCUCCUUUUGAUAGAAUAAAUAUUCCAAGUCAUAACAUUCCUCUCUGCGCCCCUGAAGUUCAAAAUCACAUUCCUCUCUGCGCCCUGCUGUCAAGCCAUCCUAAUUUUCACUUCACCGGAAAAUGGUAUUUUGACGACUGUGAAAAAGAAAGUUAUGGGUUUGUUUGUGAAAAAAUGCAGGAUACUUCUGGACACCAUGUAAAUACAUCAGAUAUGUAUCCAGUCCCCAAUACCUUGGAAUAUGGAAACAGAACUUACAAAAUAAUUAAUGCAAAUAUGACUUGGUAUGCAGCAAUAAAAGCAUGUCUGAUGCAUGGAGCAGAACUGGUCAGCAUUACAGAUCAGUAUCACCAGUCCUUCCUCACUGUAAUCCUCAACCGACUAGGACAUGCACAUUGGAUUGGACUGUUCACCACAGAUAAUGGUCUUGAUUUUGACUGGUCUGAUGGCACCAAAUCCACUUUCACUUUUUGGAAAGAUGAGGAGCCAUCCUUCCUUGGUGGCUGUGGUUUUGCUGACACUAAUGGACGUUGGCAUACAACAGCCUGUGAGUCAUUUCUGCAAGGUGCUAUUUGUUAUGUACCCACUGAAACAAAGCCAUCUGAACACCCAGUGUUGUGCUCAGAAACAUCUAUUCCCUGGAUAAAAUUUAAAAGUAAUUGCUACAGUUUUUCUACAGUCCUAGACAGAACAAGUUUUGAGGCUGCUCAUGAAUUUGCAAAAAGGAAGGGAUCUAACCUUUUAGCAAUCAAGGAUGAGGCUGAAAAUUCAUUUCUCCUGAAAGAGCUCUUUGCUUUUGGUUCUUCUGUCCAGAUGGUUUGGCUGAAUGCUCAAUUUGAUAGUAACAAUGAAACCAUAACGUGGUUUGAUGGAACACCCAUAGACCAGCCAAACUGGGGUAUUCGGAAGCCAGACAUGGACCACCUCAAUUCCCAUCAGUGUGUUGGCCUGAAGAUUCCCGAAGGAGUAUGGCAGUUAUCCUCAUGUCAAGAAAAAAAGGGAUUUAUAUGUAAAAUGGAGUCAGAUAGUCACACUGCAAAGGAGCACCCAGGAAAAGGACCAAGUCACAGCACUGCUCCUCUUGCAGUCACAUUGACAUUGGUAGUAAUUCUGGCAAUUCUCACACUUUCCUUCUGCAUGUACAAGCAGAAUCCUGGCUUCUUCCGGAGACUUGAAGGGUUUCGGAAUCCUUACUAUCCAACAACCAACUUUAGUACAGUACAUUUAGAAGAACAUAUUCUCAUUUCUGGUCUUGAGAAGAAUAACCAAUAA